GGCCGGAAAAGCUUCCCUCAUUUUUUGCGUAUGGCGGGCUACCUUGCGGGGGUUUGACUCGGCGUGAAUACACCUGUGUGCGAGACCAGUGUCUGCCACCGCGGAUGGCGAGGGAUCUUAUCGGGCCGGCACUGCCGCCCGGCUUCAAGGCCAGCGGGUCAGCGGAGGACGAGGAGCGGGACCCCAGCCCCGUUGCAGGACCAGCUCUGCCCCCUAAUUAUAAAAGCAGUAGUUCAAAGUCAUCAGACAGCGACGAGGACAGUAGUUCUUUGUCUGAAGAAGGAAAUCAAGAAUCUGAAGAAGAUGACACUGGUCCAACUGCAAGAAAACAGAGGAGAAAUCAGGAUGACGAUGAUGAUGAUGAUGAAGGGUUUUUUGGACCAGCCCUUCCUCCUGGAUUUAAAAAGCAGGAUGAUUCUCCUCCAAGGCCUAUAAUAGGUCCUGCAUUACCACCUGGUUUUCUUAAAUCUGCACAGAAAAGUGACAAAGGCAGAGAUGAUCCAAGACAAGUAUCAUCGUAUUUCAACUCUGAGAAGGAAACAGGUAGCAGUGAAGAGGAGGACAUUAUUGGGCCGAUGCCUGCCAAAGGACCAGUGAACUCUAGUGUUACGACAGAGUUUGAAAAAAGGGCCCAGAGAAUGAAAGAAAAGCUGACUAAAGGAGACGAUGAUUCAUCUAAAACAAUUACAAGAGACUCUUGGAUGACUGAGCUUCCUCCGGAGCUGAAAAACUUUGGUCUUGGGCCUAGAACUUUCAAGAGAAGAGCUGAUGACAAAUCUGGAGAUCGAUCAGUCUGGACAGAUAUGCCAGCUGACAGGGAAAGGAAAGCUAAGGAGACACCAGAAGCAAGAAAGUCAUUCAAUAAGAAGGAUGAAGAACAUAUAUUGACAGGAAUGGAAAAGAGAUUGGCCGAGCAGGUAUCCGCAUACAAUGAAUCAAAAAGGCCAGAAUCUCUUAUGGACAUUCAUCAGAAAAAACUAAAGAAUAAGGCUGCUGAAGAUAAAAAUAAGCCCCAAGAAAGAAUACCAUUUAACCGUGAUACGGAUCUCAAAGUUCAUCGGUUUGAUGAAGCUCAGAAAAAAGCCCUGAUAAAGAAAUCUAGGGAACUAAACACCAGGUUUUCACAUGGCAAAGGCAAUAUGUUUUUAUAAGUGCUAAGAACACAGUGGUGAACCAGACAUUCGUAGCCCUCGUCCAUGAGAGGAGGUUCUGUGCUAGUCACUACAGAGUGUUCACAGGUAAGUAACGCAGAUUCCCUGCCUCGUGAGACGUGGGAGAGCAGAAGAUCUCAGUUAAAAAGACCAAGUAAGUAUAUCAUGAUGACUAUAGCUAAUACUGCUGUAUGGUGUAUAGGGAAGUUAAGAGUAAAUCCUAAGAAUGCGCGUCACAAGGAGAAAUUUUUUUUUCUUUUUAUUGUGUCUAUAUGAGAAGAUGGAUGUUAGCUCAACCUGUUGUAUCAUUUAACAAUAUGUAAAUCAAACCGUUGUGCUGUCCACCGUAAACUCAUAAGUGAUGUAUGUCAAUUCUCCGUAAAACUGGGGGGGGCGCCACAAACUGUGGUUAGUGUUAUAAAGAAAACAGGGUAAUGGGACAAUCCAACAGGUAAUUGAGGAUGGAAAUCCUACCUGAGUAAGGUGAUAAGGAAAAUCUAUCUGAAGAGAUGUUAUUUAAGCUGAAACCUAAAAAAAUGACAAACUAGCAGUUUGAAAAAUGACUUGUUACCGAAUCAGGUCUGGCUGCUCGCUGCUCAGUCAAUAACUCGAGAGAGAGGCAAAUGUCGCGAGAAAGGAAAGCUGCUUUUUUAAUCAGAACGCUGGCAAUCUGGGGAGAUUGUGGACUCAGUGUCCCCCUAAAACCACCUCCAAAGAUUCUGCUCAGUCAGGAAAAUAUUUAAACGGAAAAAGGGAAGUAACCUCAAUCAUUGAGAUGGGGGGAUCAGAGUCAUCCCCAUCCCGCUCUGUGCAAGCUCAUCGUGCAGGCUUAUAGAUGCUGUCUUGUUCACACAGUUGGCUUCACACGGUUUGUUCGUGAGAUUACUGAAGGGGAAGCUAGGGAAGAGAUCUGAUCAUCUGUUAAUUAUGUUUCCUUCAUUUCUACUUUGAUCCAUGGAAAGAACAGGUUAGGCAAGGUAUUGUGUGAUCAAAAAAUUGAAAGGUGUGCUGGGACCCGAGUUGAGUAGAGCAUGGGGCUGCCGGGUUUAAGGUAAGUGAUAAGACAAAAGGGGCCUCCUGCAGAGCCCCCUUUCCUGCAACCAGCCCUUUCCUGCCAAAAGGUGCUUACAGACCACGUAUGCAAAAACCCUGAAGCAUUCGUUCUUUGGUGUUUGAAGAAUCGCACCAGUGUGGGCGGUGUACAGUGAGAAAUACGCGUAGGGUUGGUCCCUGUGCCAGCAGAUACUAGGAAGCCCAUGUAACUGCAAUUAACCCAGUUUUAGAAGGUAAAAGGAGCCUCCCAGAGGAGAGUGGCUCUUGGUCAAGUCAUAAACAUCGCACAGGAGUUGGCCUGAUGCAUCCUAACAUCAAAGAUCUACCUUACUGGCCUUCCAGAAUUUCCUAAACAUAUCUGAAUUCAUACCUUAGGCCCUUGCUCUAAAAACCUGUAUGAAUCCUCACUAAUAACGGUCAUCAGUUAUCAGAAUAUUAGUACAUUGAACUCCUGCCUAUACUUUAUCACCAAACCUGCAAUUAUUUAAGUAGAGCUGUUUGCGUUUUUUUUUUUUUUUUUCAGAAUUUGUUAUAAAUGAUUCUUCAUUUCCUCCUCUUAGGCCUAAUUAUUGAGGAUUAUAUACAGCCUUUUUAAGAGCUAAAUAACACCAGAUGAAUUCAAUAGAUAUCGAUUGAUAUCAAUCAGUUAAUUAAUUAAUUGAUAGCAGUUAAUCUUUAGAAUUCCAGGACAUGGCAGAACCUUUUCAUUUGGGGCCUGGAGAAUACAGUAGACCUGUUUCUUAAUUUGAGAGCCUUGAACCACCUCCAUCAGAAUUACCUGGGGAGCUUGUUUAGAUGCAGAUUCCCAAACCCACCCCUGUUGAAUGGGGAUCUUUGAGGUUACAGUCAGGAAAUCUCCAUUUUUAACAAUUAUCCCGUUACUGUUUGUCAGCUCAAGUUUGAGAAUCGCCGCACUUAUCAUACAUGUUCCUCUAAACACUCCCCUCUCCCUUGUUGAUGCGUUCCACUUUCCUAUAUUAAAUAUUCUUAAAUACAUAGUCAUUUUAUGUUACAUGGCUAUAAUCACCAGUACUGAUAACACUUGCAUUAUGAGGAGUGGAUUAUCAUUUCUCUUGAGUGAAUUGAUGCUUAAAAGUUCUCAUUCUUGAAAAUUUUUUACCAGCCAGGUGCUACAGGGUUUAAGAUCAUACUGUCAGUGGUAAUUCAGUCUAAUUUCAUUAGACUUUGCCUUCUCUUGGGUGCCUUUUAAAAUGGGAGAGUCCCUGGGAGCAAUAGUUAGGUUAUAAGAUCCUUGUCCCUGGCUGCCUGGGUCCUUGUGAGAUCACUGAAUGCCCUGGAAGUACAGAACAUUGAAAGGGUUAGGGGGCUCAAUGGGAUGCUAAAGAUGAACUUCAGAGUGGGUGCCUUGUGACUAUUUUCCUUGGGGGAAUUAAUCAGUGAAUGUUACUGAAGUAUUUUAAAGUCUUAGGUAACUGCUUUGGCAGCUAAGGUAUUAUUUGAACUAAGCUAGCAAAUACACUUUUAGAUAUCAGUUUCUGCAUUUGCUAAUAAAAGAUGACUAUAGAUAAUGGCAAACAGCAAAGGUACAUGAUUGUAUUAAGACUGAAAAAUGUCCAGAACCUAAGCUAGAAUAUUGAAAAGCAUUUUGAAGCUCAUUUUCAAGUCUGUCUGAUCACCUCCUUUCCACUGUGCAGCCCUUUAGAGAACUUCCAUUUGGUUUCCUUAGGAUGAGUUAAUGUUGGCUGAACAGACCAUAUGAUCAGGUAUUUUGUCCUAAAGUUUUCUCUUUACAUAAUCAGCGCUCUGAGAUAAAAAUAAACUUGCUCCUUUUAUCACUGGACAGAAAAGAAGAAAUGGAGUUGCCUAUGAAUGUAACUUAGGAUGAUUUUUAUCUUUUUGAGUAAUGCUGAAAGCAACACAUCUUGCUCCCCUAAGAAUACAUAAUACUGUAAUACCUCAUCCACACUAUACAUUUAAAGAAAGCAGUUUAUUAACCUAAGGUUGCUACUUUUUACAACAGGUACAGACAUAAUUAAUUUGACACUGGCCAGAAAAAUCAAUCUAGAAAUUGUACCCAGUUUUCAGUCUUCAUUUUAACUGGACACGUUAUGGUCUUUUAAAUGUCUUUUUUCCCCAACAGCCUUGUACACUGGUUAAUAAAAUUGUCCUACUUGGAAACUGAGACUCUUAGAGUUAAAAAUGUUUAUCAGUCAAACUGGUUUGUCAAUAAAGCCAAGAUUAGUACUCACCCUAUCAACGUAUAAGAUGUCAGUUGACCCAUUCAUAAUACUGUGGUCCUUCUAAGAAAACAUGAAAAGAUGGAUUAAGAGCAUUUCCUUUUACCAUCUAAUCAUAAAGAGCUUUUUAAAAAAUCACAUUUAUAUUCUUUUUUAAAAAUAAAUUUAUUUAUUUAUUUUUUAAUUUUUGGCUGCGUUGCGCCUUCAUGGCUGCGUGCAGGCUUUCUCUAGUUGUGGUGAGCAGGGGCUACUCUUCGUUGCGGUGCGUGAGCUCUAGGCACGUGGGCUUCAGUAGUUGUGGCACACAGGCUCAGUAGUUGUAGCUCGCGGGCUCUAGAGUACAGGCUCAGUAGUUGUGGCACAUGGGCUUAGUUGCUCUGUGGCAUGUGGGAUCUUCCUGGACUAGGGAUCUAACCCGUGUCCCCUGCAUUGGCAGGCAGAUUCUUAACCACUGCGCCACCAGGGAAGUCCUUAUAUUCUUUCUAAUGAGUGCAUAUCAACAUGCAGAAGGACUGCAUCUUUAGUUCAGCAUUUCUCAGAACUGAGUAAUCCCUAGGUUUAGAGGGAUGAGGGUGAUAGUUGAACAAACAUGGUGUGGACCAAUUUAGACAACAAAAUCCUCGAGGUCAAUGUUUUUGAAACUUCAGUGUUCAUCAGAAUCCCCUGAGAGCUUAUUAAAAAUAUAGAUGCCCUCGCCUCAUUAUCAGAGAUUUUGAUUCUGUCUGUAGGUUUUGGUGUGGGCUCAGGCAUCUGUUUUCGGCGAGCUCCCCAGGUAAUUCUGAUGCACUCCGAAGUGUAAGAACCAAACUUGGUUUGGUCCAAACAUGGCAUAUUAAGAUUUCUAGAAUCAAAAAAGUCAGAUUGCUGUUAUGCUGUGGCCACUGAGCCUCUUGAUUCAAAGAACAGAAGGCAAAACUCAGUUCCCAGCUUUCCUUGCUGAUAGAGCACAUGUAUGUGGCCUGGGCUCAGCCAAUCCGAUGUACCCACUUAGGACUGGGAUUCCAAGGAGAGAAAAGUAAAGAAGCAGACAUUCCCAGAAUCAUCUUGUGGUGGAGGUGGCUAGAUGUUCAACAGCAGCAGAGGUGGCAUUUCUGGUACCCAGUCCCAAGCGUCACUGUUGUGACCCACCAUGUUGGAGGCCCGUGAUGUGGUAUGGAACGGUGGUAACACUGGAGCAUUGCAGUGAGGUUGGACAUAUCCCUGGUUAUAUAGCUUCCAGACCUGCUUAAACUGGCCAGGUAUACUAUUUUGUUUGCAAGUAAGAGCUCUGAGUAACAUCAGGGAGUUAUACUCUGCUAGUUAAGAGCGGAAAUUUUGGAGACAGCAUCUUGGGAUCAAAUCCUGGCACUGCCACUAGCUGUGUAAACUUGCGAAAGUUUCUUAACCUAUCUCUGCUGUAAUUUGUCUUAAAAUGGGGGCACUGAUACCUCAUAGGGUGUUAUGAGGAUUACAUGAGAUGACACACUUAAGCAAUUAGCACAAAAUCCAGCAAUAAAUGCUGGUUAUCAUUAUUGUAGACCCGUGGAUAACAGACCCACUCAUUUCUUACGACCUCAGAAAAUUCCUAUAUUUAUCAGGACUCUUGGCAGCAGGUGGUAGAAACCAAACUCAAACUGGCUUAAGCAAAAAAAGAUAACCCCGGCUUGAGGUACAACUGGAUGUGGAUGCCCAGUUCAUGUUGCCAGGAUUCUGUCCCUGUCCCCCAGCCUGCUUCCUUUGUGUGGACUUCAUCUUUAGGUGGGCUUCCCAGGUGGUGACAGGCAGAGAUAGCAGCCCCUCUAAACUGACAUCCUACCAGCUUAGCAACCACUGAAAAGAAGGCCUCUCUUUCCCACUAGUUCCAGCCAAUAAUGCCCAAGGACUAAGGCUAAUUGGCUCUAGGGACCAGCUUUGGUCACUUGUUUACCCCUGAAUCAAUCAUAUGGUCAGGAGGUCACCCAAUAGCCCAGGCUGGUUCACAUCUCUACCUUUGAAGCCAAAGGGUGGGUUAAACCUGAUCUAAACCACAUAGGCUGAGAACUUGGGAGGGUAGCUCCCUAAAAGAAAGUGAAAGUGCUGUAACUGGAAACAAGGUAACGUGCUACAAAGGACAAAACAUCUGAUGCUUGCAAUAGCCCCCAUCUCAUUUUUUAUUCCCACCAAUUUGUUAAUGAGAAUACCAGUGUUUUGUUUACAAAAAUGGGAUAUAACCCAUCUACCUGUCUAUUCACCCCAGGUUCACCUUUGUGAACACCCCCCCCCCUUUGUUUUUGGCCAUGCUGCACGGCUUGUGGGAUCUUCGUUCCCCAACCAGGGAUCAAACCCAGGCCCUCGGCAGUGAGGGUGCAAAGUCCUAACCACUGGACCACCAGGAAAUUCCCUUUUUGGCUUGUUUUUUUUUUUCUUUUUUGUGAAUCUCCUUUUCAUUAGGUAGCUUCUACCAGUUCUCCUGGUUAUGAAUCUUUGUGUGGGAGGUUUGGGGAGGGAACAAGCACACACUGACCUGCUUUAGAGAUGACUUAGCGUCGGUAGGUUCUGCCCAGUAAGACAGCACUGCUUGUCCCCUGCUUAUUUGGUUCCGUGAAAUCCUCUGACAUCAAGAAGUACAUUUAGCCCAAAGUAGGUAAGAAAUGAGGGGCUUCCCUGGUGGCGCAGUGGUUGGGCGUCUGCCUGCUGAUGCAGGGGACGCGGGUUCGUGCCCCGGUCCAGGAGGAUCCCACAUGCCGCGGAGCGGCUAGGCCCGUGAGCCAUGGCCGCUGAGCCUGCGUGUCCAGAGGCUGUGCUCCGCAGCGGGAGAGGCCACGGCGGUGAGAGGCCCGCGUACUGCAAAAAAAAGAAAAAAAAAAGAAAUGAGGCUGUCAUAGUUUAUUCACCACAUUCUGCUGCCAUGUAUAAAUCACAACACAACUCAAAAUGAUUUAUUUAGCCUUUCCAUUUACAAACAAGACAAGAAAAAAGAAGAGAAGGAAAUGAAAAAAUACAUAAAGGAUUGCCAGCUUCAGCCCAAUCAAUAGCAAGGAAGCCUACCUGCCAUUGCCAAUUUAUCAUGUAUCUUGAUAGAAGGUGUCCAAUAUCUGAGGCAGCCCUCGAGAGGUGUUAGCCAAAGUUGGGGCCACAAACUCCCAAAUCACAAAAGUAGGAGGAAACAGGAAGGGGAGUAGGAGAUUCUCAGAUUUACCUCUUGAGCAGCUGCAGAGCUGGAUCUGGAGGAGUGCCAGAGGCAAGUGUCAUGGGCUGGAUAGUGGCCCCAAAAGGCAUGUCCACCCGGAACCUCAGAAUGUGACCUUAUUUGGAAGAAGGAUCUUUGCGGAUAUAACUAAAUGAAGGAUCUCAGGAUGAGAUCAUCCUGGAUUUGGGUUGGGCCCUACAUCCAAUGACUGGUAUCCUUACAAGAGAAAGGAAAGGGAGAUUUAAGACACAAAGACACACCGAGAAGAAGGCCACGGGAAGAUGGAGACAGAUUGAAGUUUUGUUGCCACAAGCCAAGGCACUCUACAAGCUACUAGAAGCUGGAAGAGGCAAAGAAGGAUUCUCCCCUAGAGCCUUCUGACACUUCGAUUUCACACUUCCAGCCUCCACAACUGUGAGAGAUAAAUUCUAAGUUACAAAGUUUGUGGUAGUUUUUUUUUGUGACAACCCUAGGAAACUAAUGUAACAAGACAGGAAGCAAAUUCGCCUUUGCUUCAUCAAGCCAAAGAUGAGGCCUAGUGUUAGCAACUUCUCAUCAGCAGUCGUCAUUGGUUGAGGACAUGGUGGCCAGUAGAUUUGUCAGAUGCUCUGAGGGUUCUGGCCUCCAUGCAUAAUGGUUUCCUAGGAGAAGCUGGAGGGAUUGUUACCAAAAGAAAAUAUAUUCUGGGCAGGCAAAAAUUUGAAAAAACAAAAAAAACACUACAAUCAGUAAAAGGCCUGAUAUGGAGUACUUAGAAAUGGAUUUUUUAAAAAAGAAGUGUUGUCAAGUGAAGGUAGUUCAUUAAUAAAUUGUUGUUUAAAGUUAGCAAUCAGAUAUAUUGCCAUAGUACUGCUGGCCUCCUAUACAUGGCAAUUAGAUCAUGUGUAAAUGUAUCUUUCUAAAGAGAAAAAAGGUAGAAUAUUUUUCCUUACAUAGGUAACUAUUUCUAAAUGAGCUUUGUUUGUACUGCCUCACAAGCAGUUAAGGUUCAGUGUGGGUAGUAAUGACAUUAAUUUAGGCGAUGAUAAUACAAAUUAUACUUACUAGAGUAUGAGCUUUGAGUUCUUAGUUACAAGGCAGAAAAGGGUUCAGGAGUCAUUCAGACCAACUCAAUGUGUAGCUAUAGCCCCCAAAAGCUAGUAGAGUAUUGGAUAAUAGAAGAGAGAAAAGAAAUACAAGAAAAAGUUGUACUGCUUCCUGUUCUAGUUUCUAUACCUCAAGGAAAGAACUCAAUAGAGAAGAAGGAAGUCUACAGAAGGAGAACUAAAUUAAGUCCUGUGUACAAAUAUUUACUGAGCUCCCACAAUGUUUGAGCCCCUGGUCUAGGGAUGCAGAAAUGAUUAAGAUGUGGUCCUCAACUUCACAGCCUAAAGGGAGAGACAGAUACAGAGAAAUAGCUGUGAAAAUGCAGCUCAGCAAGUUCAGGACAAACAUGCACACAGGAAGGACACCAGGAGAUCACAAAGGAGACAGCAGGAUCUACCAAGGUUGAGCUGAGAGCAAAACAGACAGCAACACAGGGGCUUGGGUGGUGGUGCUGUUAUGUGUGUUUGGGAUUGAGAGCGACCAGUUUGAAAGGAAAGACAGUGGAAGGGAGAGAUGGGGAGCUAAGAGAAAAUAAUCUCGCUGAAAGGGGGGAGUUAAAGGAUGAUGAAUAGUGAUUGGCCUUAGAUAAACAGGAAGAGAGAUCCACAUCCUCUGAAAGUAGAGAGAAGGAAAUGAGGGCAGUUACGGGUAUCAGUAGGUUUUAGGUAAAGUUCAAAAGGAUAAGGGAGAUUAUUCCUGGCAUCCUCAAUUUGCUGAAAUCAAGGUUUUUCUAACCUUUGGGUGUGUUGAGAAUAUGAUGAACACUCUGGAUGUUUCACCUCUUAAAAAUGCACAUUACGCAGAUUCUUACAUAUAAUUUCAGUUUCCUAAUCUUUGAAUCCCAACCAUGGACUCUGGAUAGAAAACAUGCAUUCCACCCAGAAGAGACAGGUCAUCUGCUCAGAGGAAGGGGUCAGGGGCUGGCAGGUUUGGUAUAAACCCUGAGGGCAAAGGAUAUGGUCCUACACAGAGACCAGUGAAAGAUGAGUCAUGGCGUUGAUCCAUGUUGGGAUGUUAAGAGAAGUGGAAUCCCAGGUGGGAAUGCAAGCGAUUAACACACAUUCCAGACUGAAUGGGGAGGAAAAGAGGCCUCGAGGAGACCUACAAACUGGGAGGGGGCUCUGUGAGCUGGAAGGGAAGAUGCCUCACGUCAUGCAAAAAACUUACUGGGGAAAUUCCCAGCACGCACUCCCCUGCCGGAGGUGGGCACAUGAUCAGUGCUUUGGAGCUGCCGUAAAUUGCCCUGUUUUCCCCUCAUGGCCCAUUUAUGCCUCCUCUGCACAUCUGCACCACCUGCUUCUCCCUCCACAUACAAACUUGCUCAAGUCUCUCCCCUACUUAAAAACAAAACAGCAACAACGAACCUUCCUUCAAGGACAAGGUCGCCCAAAACAAUCCCUGUGUGUGAUACGCCCGCAAAUUUUUGUUGAAUACGUGGGCGCGUGAAAGGAGCUCAAAGCAAUAAUUGGAGUCCACUACCUUUUAUUCCCACUUCAUUCUCAUCUUUCUCUCCCCUGUUUUCUUCUCUCAUUCACCUCUCUGGGCACCACCCCGGCUCCAUUCCUCUGUCCCUCUCCAAUUUUACUCCUUCCCAGCCUCUGUCCCAGAACUGCCACUGGCAGCCAGGGGUGCCUCAGGACUGGAGGCUGCUUGGCCCAUCUUGGGGAGGUUAAGCUAACAGAGGGCAAAAAGGAUGGUAAAGAAGAGGCCUCCUAAACCAGCCCAGGCUUGGGGAGGAGCCCCCAGGCCCAGGACUUCUGAAUGGUCAGAAGAGGUCUUUCUCCCACCGCUUAAUGGAUUCACUUUGGGUUUCUUGGGAGCAGGGGAAGAUGUAGAAAAAGGGCAGUUACCUCUUCAGGAAGAAUAUAAAUGGUCCCAGUUGUAUAGUAUUUGUCAGUAUUUUUUUUUUUUCUGGAAAAUUCAAACACACCAAGAGAAAAACUUAUUUAAAUAAAAUACUUUGAAAAAUAAAAAAAAAGGACAAGGUCGCAAAUGGGAUUAAAGCUCACAUGUCAUAGAAAGUUUUGAAAGAGACACAAAUAUAAAGAAGGCAUUUCAAAUCAGCUGGUUGAGGGACUUCCCUGGCCGUCCAGUGGUUAAGACUUCGCACUCCCAAUGUGGACCCCGGGUUCGAUCCCUGGUCAGGGGACUAGAGCCCGCAUGCCGCAACUAAGAGUCUGCAGCUAAAGAUCCUGCACGCGGCAACAAAGAUCCCACGUGCCUCACCUAAGACCCGGCGCAACUAAAUAAAUAAAUAUUUUUUUUAAAAAUCUCAAAUCAGCUGUGGCAGAGGGUGGCAUAGAUUACUCAAUAAAUGAUGUUGAGACUCUUGUGUAGAUACGUGGGGGAAGAGAUAAGUUGGAUCUCUCACACUGUAGAUCAAAACGAAUUCCAGAAAUAUUAAAUAUGUAUAUGUAAAAAAUGAAACCCUAAAAAUACUGGAAGGAAAUGUAAGAGAAUUUAUUUUAAUAAUCUCAGAAUGGGCAAGGACUGCUUAAGGAUAACAUAACAUCCAGAAACCCUAAAAUAAAACACUGAUAAAUUGGACUAUAUUAAAGAAAAAUUCUGCAUAGAAAACACAGUCAAAAGACAAAUGGCGCUUCCCUGGUGGCGCAGUGGUUGAGAGUCCGCCUGCCGAUGCAGGGGACGCGAGUUCGUGCCCCGGUCCGGGAGGAUCCCACGUGCCGCGGAGCGGCUGGGCCCGUGAGCCAUGACUGCUGAGCCCGCGCGUCCGGAGACUGUGCUCCGCAACAGGAGAGGCCACAACAGUGAGAGGCCCGCGUACAGCAAAAAAAAAAAAAGACAAAUGAAUUUUUGCAACUCACAUCACAGACAAAAGCUAGCAUUUGAAUAUCUGAUAAAAGUCAAUAAGAAAAAUUCGAACAAGAAAAAAAAAAUCAACAAGCCUAUUGGGCAAAGGAUAUGAACUCAUGAGUCACAAACAAAACAGUUCUUAAAUAUAUGAAAAGAAACUCAACCUUACUCAUAAAAACGAAAUGCAAAUUAAAGCUACAAUGAGAAAUCACUUUUCAACUAAUAGAUUAGCAGAAGUCAAAAAAUGUUAAAACACCCUGUGUCGGCAAAGCUGGUGGGAAAUUCAUUCUCUCAUACAUUGUUGGGAGGAAUGGAAUUUGAUGUGGCCUCUUUGGCAAUUUGUUGAUAUUCAUAAAAAUUACAUACAACAGAACCUUAAUUCCACUGCUAGGAAUUUAUUCUACAAAUAUACUCACAUAAGUGUAGAAUGACAUGUCAUUUUUAAUUGAGCAUUCUUUGUAAUAGCAAGAAAUUAAUGCUCAUCAAUAGGGGACUGGUUGUAAAUAAAUUGUUGCCUUCGUUCUAUGAAACAUAACACUGCUGUUUAAAAGAAUCAGUUGGGGGCUUCCCUGGUGGCGCAGUGGUUUAGAAUCCACCUGCCAAUGCAGGAGACACAGGUUCGAGCCCCGAUCCGGGAAGAUCCCACGUGCCGCGGAACAACCAAGCCCGUGCGCCACGACUACUGAGCCUGCGCUCUAGAGCCCAUGAGCCACAACCACUGAAGCCCGUGUGCCACAACUACCGAAGCCCACGCGCCUAGAGCCCGCGCUCCACAACAAGAGAAGCCACCGCAAUGAGAAGCCCGUGCACCACAGUGAAGAGCAGCCUCCGCGCGCAGCAACGAAGACCCAACGCAGCCAGAAAUAAGUAAAUAAAUAAAUUUAAAAAUAAUAAUAAUAGGGCUUCUUCCCUGGUGGCGCAGUGGUUGAGAGUCCGCCUGCCGAUGCAGGGGACACGGGUUCGUGCCCCGGUCCGGGAAGAUCCCACAUGCCGCGGAGCGGCUGGGCCCAUGAGCCAUGGCCGCUGAGCCUGCGCGUCCGGAGCCUGUGCUCUGCAACGGGAGAGGCCACAACAGUGAGAGGCCCGCAUACCACAAAAAAACAAAACAAAACAAAUGACUUUUGUAACAUACAAGCUUGAUUAUAUCACUGCCCUACUUAAAUCUUUCAAUGACUCCAUAGCCUUCAGAUUAAGGUGCCAUCUCUUCUAAUGGGCUCCCAAAGCCCUCGGCGCUAGGGGGAGGGCGAGCGGUGUCUGUGCCUUCCUCCUCACCUGUAUUUGUGCCACUCUGCGGGCGCACGCGCCCACACACACACACACACACACACACACACACACACACCACCCUCUGCCCAGUGAACAGCCUGGACCUCCCAGGAGGUGCCUGUCACCUCUGCACCAGAUGCCCCAUAACUGUCAGCUGAUGAUGAUGCUGUGUUGCAGUUUGUCUGAUUUUGACAGCUUCUUCUCAGGUUUGGGUCUUUGUAGUUGCUUCUGACUGCAGAGCUGCUUUGAAGGUAGCAAGCAUAUGAACCCAGAUAGAGACAGCUGUUGCUACAUUUUAUACUCUAUUUUGAUAACAGAAACCCCUAUUUGAUGAAAUAUUGUCAUUUUUUUAAAUCUUGCAACCUUGAGGGACAGCAUCCUUGAACAUCCAGCUUACAACUAUCUUCUAUCUCGAUAACUUACACAGCUUCCCCAGCCAGUGGGUCCCUCCUUCUGCCAUUCUCCCAUAGCUCUUUGUACUGUUAGGAGCUGUUCGCUUAUUUUGUCCCCUCCCUAUACCCCAUUAGAUUGUGAAUUCUGUGAAGAAAAGAGCCUGUAUUUCUUAUUAGUAUCAUUUCCAGGGCCUAGCUGAAAUAUAAUAGAUACACAGUAAAGUUUGUGGGAGAGAGAGGGUUGGGUGGAAGGAUGGAUGGAUGGAUGGAUGGAUGGAUACAUUAAUACACGGAGAAAAACUAUUUUUGCUUCUUAAAUACUAGCAGUAAAAACUUCAGUUUUUUCCAGAGUGAAGCAGAGCUGGAAAUGUUAGAGGUACCACAAGGAGGCACUAGAAUUCCACAUGGGUUCCCUCUGCCAAGAAAAGGCAGAUCCAAGUGUCUUGACCUGGGCUGAUGCCUUGUGACAGAUGCCUGGCUGAGCCCGAAUGGGCCAAGAGGGAUGAUUUGAAAAGGGGACUGAGGGGGAAAUUAAUGCAAGGCGAUUACGGCGCAGCUACGGCAAAGAGGAAUGAUCACUUUAAAGGGACUCUAACACAGAAGGACCCCCUCCACCUUUGGAAACAUCCCACCGCCCUGGGAAGCCAUGUCAUGUUGCCUCUCCCAUUUUCCUCCUCCACUAAUUAAGCAAAAUACUCAGGCUCAUACUACAGCGAUUUCAUUCUACGGCCACGAUAUUUCCCCACUGAAUCCUCUCUUCCUCAUUCAAUGAGAAUGAGGAAAAUAGAACUGUCACAAAUACUAUUACCAUUUCCCCUUUUUCUUCCCAAGAGGUCACUGAAACUUUCAUCCCAGACCUUGGAACCUUGGAUUUCUGUGUAGGCUGGCAAAGAAAAGAAAAAAUCCUUUUAAAUCUCAAAUAUAUGUCUCUAACUCCUGUGAGGGACGGAGAAAUGUAACCAUGGAAACCAGAGUAUGCCUGUAACCAUGGAGACCCAUUUAAACCAGCUGGGCCAUUAUCAUCUAGAAGCUGAUAAGGCUUUGGCUGUUAGGAGGCCAGUUAAUAUGGUUGAAUGAUUUCAGUUUAGGCGAGUGUUUUACAGACAAUUAAGUAAUUUCUGGGUACUGCCAAUACUGUAAAAUGUUAGAGAGAAAGCCUUUUGAUAGGACUUCCUCUGUUAGACUAAUUUCUAAACGAUCUCCCAGAUCUUUCUCCCUCACCCUCCAGAGCCAUCACUUUAUCAGCAAACACACGUUAAUCACCUUGGUGUGCGGGGCACUCUGCUGGAUCCCACCAUCUAUGUAUCCCAGAUAAUAUACAUUCUCUGUCCCAUCAGCUUUAAUGUUGAGGCAAGUCCUUGAAUAAAGGAUGUACUUAUCAAAAGGCUUCUUGGGACUUCCCUGGCGGUCCAGUGGUUAGAACUCUGGGCUUCCACUGCAGGGGGCCUGGGUUCAAUCCCUGGUUGGGGACUAAGAUCCCACAUGCCGUGCGGUGUGGCCAAAAAAGAAAAAAAAAAAGGCUUCUUUACCAGAACCCAUCGGAAUUUGGCUUUGUAUUUCCAGUACGUGAGAUGUGAACUAGCCUAUUUUCAUUUUGAAGGAAACUUUCACUAGCCAGUGUCUUAGCAGUGCUUCACAAAGUUCACAAGCAUUCUGUUUAUCCGUUUCUUUUGUUCUUUCCCUGUGUGUGUUACAACUCCAUUAUCGCCCCUGCAACCACAGCUUCAAAGGCCUGAUGACAGUUUGCUCUGCGAGCUGCUCUGUGGCGUGUUUUGUACACCAGGGUGUUAAAAGGCAGAACACUGGAGUCAGAUCCCUUGUGUCCGCCACGCACCAGUGUGUGACCCUAGGCAAGUGACUGGACCUUUCUAAAGUUUCCCCAUCUAGAAAAGGGAAGUAAGACCCAUGUCUCAUUAUUAUAGGUUAUUGAGUAAUAACUUUGCACACCUCUGAAGAUUUACACUGUUAGCAAGUCUUAUCUUCUGGUCUUAUCUGUAUCCCCCAGCAUCACUCAGCACUCUUUCAUGUUCUUUCAUGUUCUUCUCCUAUUUUACUCAACAGCUGGUCCAAAUCUUUACAACCUCCAGCUUGCACCCGAAACCCUCUGGCUCCACAGAUAAUGAUAGUGCAGAAGAUGAUAAUAACAAUAAAUGUUAUACGGUGCUGAUUGUAUGCCCAGACUGUUCUAAGCCCUUCACGUAUUUUAACCCAUUUAAUUCUUACAACGAUCUAUUGAGGAUUAUUAUCAUCUCCAUUGUACAGAUGAGGAAACUGAGGCACACGGUGUUUGGGUCAAUUUCUCAAGGUCAUAAGCUAGUGAAUGGCAGAAAGAGAAUGUGAGCCCCAGCGGUGCCCCCGGAGUCUGCACCACUAUGGGAUGGUCACCCUCCCUCCAAUGAUGGUGUUUCCUAGCUCACUCAGUGUAGAGUCCACGGGCACAGUCUCCCUCAAACAUCUCUUGGUCAACCCCUACUCUCGCCACUACUAGCAGACAUGUUCAUCAGCACCUGUUCCCACGCCCUUCCUCGACAUUUCAGAGGAAAGGAUCAGCCUUCCUCCAGUCCCGCAGUCCCAUCAAAUCCCUCGAUGCCUUGAUUAUACCCUUCCUUCCUGAUCCUCAGUCCAUCUCUCAUUUGGCACUUUCCUCUCAACACGUAAGUAGGUCCAGUCUGUUGUCUCUUAUUUAAAAAAAUUUUUUUCGACUGUCUCUGCUCAUCAUCUUCUCUUUCCUUUUUACAACCCAAUUCCUAGAAAAAGCUUUCUACCUUUGUCUUUAGGCUUCCUGACUCCCACUCCACUGCGGUUGCUCUUCCAGCGUCCCCCCAAAGUUGCUAAAAUAUGUGACUUUUUUUAAGGUCCUGCUCCUCUCUGCAGCAUUUAACUUCAUCCAUCACUUUUUCCCCUUAAAACUUUCACCUGGCCAUGACCUUCUCCGGUUCUUCCUCCGUCUCUUUUGCUGGCUCCUCCUGCACUGCCUAUUCUUAUGUCUGUGUGUCCCUGGAGAUCUUUAACCUGCAUCACCUCUCCCUGGGGACUGUCAGUGUCGAGUCUGUAUCUUUAUUUCUUUAUUUUUUUAAUAUUUAUUUAUCUUGGCUGCGCCAGGUCUUAGUUUCGGCACACGGGAUCCUCGCCGCGGCAUGUGGGUUUCUUAGUUGCGGCACACAGAAUUCUUAGGUGUAGCACGUGGAUUUCUUAGUUGCGGCAUGCAAACUCUUGGUUGAGGCAUGCAUGCGGGAUCUAGUUCCCGGACCAGGGAUCGAACCUGGGCCCCUUGCAUUGGGAGCACCGAGUCUUACCCACUGGACCACCAGGGAAGUCCCAAGUCUGUAUCUCUAACCAGAACUUUCUUCUGAGCUUCAGAGCAGUAGAUAAAAAUGCCACUAACCAUCUUGACUGGAGGAUUGUGGACUCCUCAUCCUCAACUCAUUACCACCAUCCACCGAGGACACCUACUCACCAGACCAGAAGUCAUCCUCCAGUCCUUCUCUCUCCCUGACGUCACCAGGACCUCUUACAUGUACAUCUUAAAAUACCUCUUUCUCUUCUUCAUCCAGCCCCUCCACCAGGCUCUCAUCCCUUCUCUCUCAAAAUAUUCAGAUCACCUCCUCACUGGUCUCCCUCUACCUUAAGCCUCAACCUCUGUCAACAAUAAUGAUACCAGCAAGCUGUCUCUAAUAUGCAUAUCAGUCCAGUCCUCAAAAUUCACUAAUGCUAGCAUAAUGAAAACCAGUGCCUUUGCAUAACAAGAAAGGCCCUUCAUGACCUGACUCCUGCCUUUCUCUCCAGCCUCAUCACUUACGUCUCUGCCACCGUAACCACUGCCUCUCUCGUGCUACGGCUGCAAAACAGGAUUGGACGUAAUGACCACCAGCAUUUCACUCACGCUUCCUCACUUGGCACAUUCCAUCCCUUCUUUCUGGAACUGCAUCCCCAGUUUGUCCAUCAGGCAAAGCCCUCAUCCCUAUUCUCUACCCGCUCUGUGCCACCACCCAUCCCCUCCCCAUCCUCUCACCGGCCUGGCUUCCCUUGUGCUUUCCACGCACUCCAAUCCAACAGUUUAUCUUAUUGUACUGUAAUUAUUUGACUGGUCUGUCUCCUUUUCUAGACUUACUAGUUCCUUAAAGGCAAGUACUAUUUUUUUUUUUGUCCUGGUAUUUUUGUCCCUUCAGUGUCCAGCAAAAUGUCUUCAAAAUAGCCGACAUUUACUAAAUAUUAGAAAUUAAUAUUGUUAUCAAUAGGAUGGCAGAGAAAUUCCCUUAGCAGCUAACACUUUUCCUCAUGAUCGGAAUCAUCAGCACACACUGAAUGCUGUUGAUAGGAAUAUUAUUCAGCCAUAAAGAGGAACAAAAUCAUGCCAUUUGCAGAGACGUGGAUGGACCUAGAGACUGUCAUACAGAGUGAAGAAAGAAAGAGAAAAGCAAAUAUCGUAUAAUAUUGCUUAUAUGUGGAAUCUGGAAAAAUGAUACAGAUGAACUUAUCUGCAAGCAGAAGUAGAGACACAGACGUAGAGAACAAACGUAUGGAUACCAAGGGGGGAAAAGGAGGGUGGGAUGAAUUGGGAGAAUGGGACUGACAUAUAUACACUACCAUGUAUAAAAGAGAUAACUAAUGAGAACCUACUGUAUAGAACAGGGAGCUCUACUCAAUGCUCUGUGGUGACCUAAAUGGGAAGGAAAUCAAAAAAAGAGGGGAUAUAUGUAUACCUGGAGCUGAUUCACUUUGCUGUACAGCAGAAACCAACACAACAUUGUAAAGCAACUAUACUCCAAUAAAUAUUAUUUUUUUAAAAAAUGCUGUUGAUAACUGAACAAAGAGCAUUGACCAUGAAAUAGUGUAGAGCCAGAGGGAUGUAUUAGUAUAGAUACCCAGAUGGAUGACAUAAAAUCAUUGGCAUACAGACAUCAUAAAUUCACGUACCAGGUAAGGGCUUACACCAGAUGACUUCUCAGGUCUCUUCAAAGUCUGACAUUCUGUGAAUGCAGGUAUCAAACCAAGACAUCCAAUCAAUCAGCCACCAUAGAGUGCCAUUAUGUGCAAACUACUUCCCUAAAUGCUAUAAUGAAUAGAAUGGAAUCUCACCAGCAUUUAAAUCAAAGAUAAAUACAAUUAAAGGCCAUUUAUAUGUGAGACUGGAAGAGUUAAAUGGGGGAGACAAAGGAAAGCACUCAUUCAAUUUGUUCAGCUAACAUUAGGGACACACUCCAUGUCUGUUACUGAACCAACUUCGGGUCCACUCACCGGACAUGAAGCAAAACCAAUCUACUGACACUGGCUUGUGGUGAAGGAAAGUAUAGCAUUUAUUGCAAGGCCAAGCAAGAAAAAUGGACAACUCAUGCUUAAAAGACCCGAACUCCCCAAUGGCUUUCAGGAAAGGGUUUUUAAAGGCAAGAUGAGGGAGAGGGGGACUUCCCUGGUGGUGCAGUGGUUAAGAAUCCACCUGCCAAUGCAGGGGACAUGGUUCGAUCCCUGGUCCGGGAAGAUCCCACACUCCACAGAGCAACUAAGCCCGUGCUCCUCGAGCCUGUGCUCCACAACAAGAGAAGCCACUGCAAUGAGAAGCCCGUGCACAGCAAUGAAGACCCAAUGCAGCAAAAAAGAAAAAAAAGAUAAUUAAAAUAAAUAAAUUAAGAAAAGAUGAGAGAGAGGGUUGUGGGGUACAUGAUCAGCUCGUGGACAUGCUUCUGGCUGGUUGGUGGUAAGGUGACACGGUGGUGUUUCGGGGAUUAACAUCAUCAACCUUCUGAUUCCAGCUGGUCUGGGGCCUGCUUGCUUGUGAUCAGCAGGCAGUUAACUUCUUCCACCUGGUGCGGGUUUUAAUAUCUGCAAAACAACUCGAGUAUGGCUCAGGAUAUUAUCUAUAUCCCUUGAGGAGGAAUUAAAGGUCCUUGACUUUGUUUUAUGGCUAAACUAUUAUUUUGUCUUGCUAGGCUGUUUUCCUUUGUUUUUUCAUUUUCUUACUUCUCUGAUUAAAUUUGCUCUUUGGAACUCGGGGAAGGCCUAGGAAGCUAAAGGUUUUCUACAAACAAGAGAUGGGGGACAUGGAGGGAGUCUGUUCCCAGGAAAGCCCCACAGUGCCCUGUUCAGUUUCAUGUCAGAAGCUGGGGUAUAACAAAGAAAACCGUGUGUUCUGUCGUCAGCGUGCUCAUGGCCCAGCCAGGCAGACAGACACAUGACCGUCAAAUACAAAAGGCAGGGGGAAACUGCUGUGAUUGAUUCUGCCUGAAGAGGGAACGCACAGGUCUCAGUGAAUUUCCCAGACGUGGCAUUUGGUCUGGCUUUUGAGGGGCGAAUGUGGUUUCUCAAGUGGAGAAGAGAGAGUUCUACACCGAGGGAACUGAAUGAACAGAAACCCACAGGGUUCGAAGCUGAGGCACCUUGGAAACCACUGAUUUUUCUCCAGGACACAUACAGCAACAGCCGAGCUGCUUGCUCAGAACUCCAUAGGGAGUUCCAGAGCCCGAGUGAUGAUGCAUGGGUAGUUCUGGGGGGAGUGAUGGACAGUGGGGAGGUGGGGAAAUAGAGCAGGGUCACUGAAAGUUAACUGUUUAAUCUACCACUGAUCUAGCCUUCCUUCUCUGCCUUAUCCACACCUUUGCCAAGUACAGAAGUAACUCUAUAUCUAAUACAGUAAUUUGACAAUCUGCGUAGGUAACCUGUGGUUCUCAGAUAGCUCACCUUGCCCCCUGCUUCUCUUCCUGAAGGAGUAUUGAGUUCCAUGGUUUUUACAACCUUAUCAUGGCCGGAAAGAGCUGGGGACUUCAAGAACCUGGGAAGGCAUAUCUUUUCCCUGGGGUACUGCCUGCCGUGCUGGUAUCUGAGACUGAAAAUCCAUGGCAACUCUGGUCUAACUCAGCUGGACCCAGCCCAGCAGCGUUCCCUGAACUCUGAGCCCUCAAUGGGCCCCCGUUGCUCUGAGGUCCGUCUGUGACUCGCCAUCAACCCAGGCUUGGGUGUUCUUCCCUGCACAGGUCUUAGCUGCAGAACUACCGCUCCUCUGCCAAUCAAUCCUCUGCCACACUCGGAUUUUAUCCGUGCGCCGUACUGGAGUUGAGGGAGGCUUUGGACAGCUAAACCUCUGCGACUCCCUCUGUCUCACCAAGAUGAAAUGGUUGCACCCACGAGCAAUUCAAAAUAUUUAAGAGCCCUUGAAGAGAUAUCUGCACUGUCAUGUUCAUACACUAUAGCCAAGAGGUAGAAGCAACCCAAGUGUCCAAUGAUGGGUGAAUGAAGGAAGAAAAUGUGAUCUAUACAUACAAUGGAAUAUUAUUCAGCCUUCAAAGGAAGGAAAUCCUGUCACAUGCUAACAACGUGGAUGAACCUUAAGGAGAUGAUGUUGAGUGAACUAAGCCAGACACAAAAGGACAAAUACUGUACGAAUCCACUUAUAUGAGGGACCUAGAGGAGUUGAAUUCAUGGAAACAGAAAGAGGCUGGAGGGAGGGAGGGAGAGGGGAGUUUUGUCUAAUGGGGAGAGAGUUUCAGAUUUCCAAAACUAAUAAGUUCUAGAGAUCUGCUUUACAACUAUGUGAAUAUACUGAAUACUGCUGAACUCAACUUAAUAAUGGGUAAGAUGGCAAAUUGUUUUUUUAGGCCACACUGUACGGUGUGCAGGAUAUUAGUUCCCCGACCAAGGAUCGAACCCAUGCCCCCUGCCUUGGGAGCACGGAGUCUUAUCCACUGGACCACCAGGGAAGUCCCAAGAAGGUAAAUUGUAUGUCAUGCGUUUUUUAACCACAAUUUUAGAAAACGAAAAAUAAAAAGAAAAUAUUUCAAAGCCCAGUGAGCACAAACACUGUGCAGUUCGAAUGGACACUGGACCUUAACGAGCCCCAUCAGGCAGUCAGAACUGGCUGCAAACUCCCAGGACCGCUCCCUGGGUGAAGACCGGCACGGGAGCGUCCUCUAAGGCCUCUGUCCUCCCCAACUGAUCUAUAUUCCAUCUCCUCCCCAGGCACAGUUCUGCCCACUGUGUUCUCCUCUCACUCCUCUUAUUCUUCUCGCCACAAUUUCUCAAGCCUGAGGAGGCUUAUAUUUCAUACUUCAAGUACUAUGCAUGCACAGUUUUUACAUGCAAGGAACAGAACUGACUCCGACAUAGUUAAGGGGCAAAGGAACUCAUCAGAAGGACAUUGGUAACUUGCAGGGUCCCAGGGAGUACCAAACCUAGGCACCGAGGCUCUGCAGCCAGGAAUGCUCAGGAUAAGGCCUUAGAGACACUGCUGUUGCUGUGGACCCUGGACCCCACAGCUUACUCCCCUGACAACACUGGACACUGGAUGCUGCCAAGGUCACUGUCAUCAGCCAUCACUGUAACUGACUCUGCACCUCACCUGCUUCUUCCAAAUACCAGCUUUCGAAUCAAAGUUGGGGUAGAUGCAUCUGCCUGGCAAGAGGUGCCCUCACGUAUAUUUCAGGAAGGCUGGGAAAGCAAGUAUCUGGUACUUUCUGAUUCUACACUGAGUACAGACUCUGCUCAAAUAGAGAGAAGGGCUUCAAAGUUUGGAUGGUCAGUAUGAUUAGCAUGCCCUAGACUUCCCUCACAUCUUAUUCUCCUAUUACUGUGUAAGUAGUACUUGCCUUGCUGUCCUAGAUCUUAGGGGUACGACUGUCAAGUUUAACAAAUAAAAAUACAAGAUGCCCAGUUAAAUUUGAAUUUCACAUUAACAGUGAAUAAUUUUUUUGGUAUAAGUAUGUCCCAUACAAUAUUUGGAACAGACUUAUAUAAAAAAAAGUAUUCCUUGUUAAUCUGAAAUUCAAAUUUAAUGGGGCAUCCUGUAUUUUAUCUGGUGAUCCUCCCUAGGGAUAUCUUUUUUAUAUUUCACUAUACUUUUCUACACUAUACCGGGGCCUGCUUCCUGGGUUUGCUAAACAUACUAACGUACAAAAUCCGUAUUCAAGACAAUAACUUAGGGACUUCCCUGAUGGCACAGUGGAAAAGAAUCUGCCUGCCAAUGCAGGGUACACGGGUUUGAUCCUCAGUCCAGGAAGAUCCCACAUGCCUUAGAGCAACUAAGCCCGUGUGCCACAAAUACUGAACCUGUGCUCUAGAGCCCGUGAGCCACAACUACUGAGCCCACGUGCCACAACUACCGACGCCCGCAAGCCUAGAGCCCGUGCUCCGCAACAAGAGAAGCCACCACAAUGAGAAGCCCGCGCACCGCAACAAAGAGUAGCCCCCGCUCGCCGCAACUAGAGAAAGCCCACACGCAGCAACAAAGACCCAACGCAGCCAAAAAUAAAUAAAAAUUAAAUCUUAAAAAAAUAAAAAAGACAAUAGCUUAGCUGCCAAAUCCUGGUUUUGAAUUCCAAAAAUUGGAAACUACCCUGUCUUUCUCUCAGCUUUCCUCCCAUAAAAGAUUUUCAUCUCCUCCAAAUCAGAUACAUACCUUUACUAAGGUGAAAGUUAUGUCCUUGGGAAAGCAAAGGAGAGAAGCACAUUAAAACUCAAAAACAAAAACAAAAACGAUUACCCAGUUGCAGUAAGGAAAAGUGGAGUAAACAGUGCAGAAACAUUUCAUGAAUUUUCUGUACUGGGCUCUCUCAAAUUCUAGGACCUCAAGUUUACUAUGACUCACACUUAACAAGGCUUUAAUAGGAGGUGAAAUUAUAAAGUAAAUGAAACCAAUUUUCCUGUGCAGCAUAUGGAAAUGAGUCUCCGUGAGUCAACGAUUAUUGUUGCUCUCACCUCCCACAUAGCAAGGUGGAUUCAUUACCCAAAUGCCAAUUUGCUCCUUUCAUGCAAAAAGGCAAAUGAUUUUCAAAACACCGAAUUUCAAUAUAUUAUAGACAGAAAUUCUAGAACCACGUCCCAAUGUUACUUAAAAUCAUAAAUAACACAAACCAGGCGCACAACUUUGUCAGAUUCUUCUAAGGAACAUACUCAAACAUUUCACUCAUUUACCCAGGUCUUAUGUGAGGAAUAGUUAGACCUUCCCAAACCAGUGUCAGCUUUCUCUGGGCUGCCAUUCGAACCGCAGUGGGAUAUUUCCAAGCCAUGGAAAAUAAAUGGUUUCUUUUAGACCAUUAGGUAUGCACAUUAGAAUACAUUUCACAAACCAGCCUCAGAUCCUUGGGAAGAAAACAGAUUUAUGUAUUUGCUUCAAUUACACCUUUUUCCAAUUCCUCAAAUAUGCCUUGUGCCUCUUCCUCGUACAUGCUGUUCUCUCCUCCUGGAACCCUCUUCCUUGCUCCAUCUAAUCAAGUCCUGUAGAUCUCUGCUGAAACAAGUCAAUUCCCUGACUCCCCAGACUAGAACAGAGCUUCCUUUUUAUGCUUUCAGAGUUCACCCUACCAUUCCUUCAUAGGUUUUAUUUAUUUAUUUAUUAGUAUAGGUGCUGCCUAAGCGAGCACACUUGGUAGGAUUUAUAAAUCUAUAGCUGUGUGGUUUUUCGCUUAAUGUCUGUCUCCCUGUAUGCUUUAGCAAUGGAAGUUUUAACUGCAUGCAUGCCAGCCAGAGACCACAUUUCCCAGCCUCCCUUGCAGCUAGAUAUGAUCAUAUGACUAGAGUCUGGCCAAUGGGUUGUGUUCAGCUUCUGCGUGUAGCCCUUAGAAGGUAUGGAGCACACCCUCCCUAUUCUUUUUCCUCCCGCUAGCAGCCUGGAAGGCAAAAAUAAUGAUAAAUGGUCUUUACUGAUGCAGGGAUGAAGGGAUGGAAGAACAGCAGGAUGAAAGUGGUGAGCAUCGCCAUAACCACCAGAUCAGCCCUCAACUAAUGAUCAGGAUUAUUACAUGAGAAACACUUAAACUAUUUUCUUGUUUAAGCCACUGUAUUGUAUCUCUUAUUAAAGCAGCCUGGGCUUCCCUGGUGGCACAGUGGUUGGGAGUCCGCCUGCCGAUGCAGGAGACACGGGUUCGUGCCUGGGUCCGGGAGGAUCCCACAUUCCACGGAGCGGCUGGGCCCAUGAGCCGUGGCCGCUGGGCCUGCGCGUCCGGAGCCUGUGCUCCAUGGCGGGAGAGGCCACAGCAGUGAGAGGCCUGCGUACAGCAAAAAUAAAAAAAUAACAAAAAAUAAACCAGCCUAUAGCCAGCAAAUGCAGAUUUGAACCCAAGGAUGCUUGACCCCAAAGCAAGCUUUUGGGGGUUGCAAGCCCCCAAAACCACCACAUGAUGUUUUUCCACACCCAUCUACCUCUUCUCUGUAUAUACUUUACAUCAUAUAUCACAGAUCAUAUAGUAGAACACUUUGAUGAAGGUGGUUCUCACGCCCUGGAUCUACAUUAGAUCUCAGAGUGAAUAAAAGAUGGUACCCUCCAAGAGUUUUUUCCAUAUUUCUUCCUUCUCACUCCAUUUUCAUGUUUUACCUGUGGGAACCUCUUGUAAGGUCCUGAGGACCACCUUAAUGUCUAUUAUUAUACAUAAGUAAUUUGGCUCCCACAUACCAGGCAGCAGGCCCUUCCCCCAUCACAGCCAGGCGAGAGGCAAGCCAGCCAUGAUCAAGAAUCUUAAUCUCUCUUAGAGGUCAAUAUUGCUUAAGGCUGUCACUUCCUCUGCUAGUAACAUGAAUAUUUCAGAGAUGAUGGAAUCAAAGCUAAAAAGCAGCCCUUGACCUAAGGAAAGACCUGCAUAAUUUUUUAACUUAGUUCUUUCCAUAUCACGUGUAAUUUUACAUAAAUAUGUAUCAUAUGCUAUUAUUAUUUUGGUACAGUGCUUUUCCUUUUUUCUUUUCUACUUGGUUUCCUCCUUCCUUUCCUCUUUUUCUUCCUCCCCUCCAACACCAGCCAUUCCCACACUAACAAACACACAAACCAGGUCACCAACCAAGUAUGCAUUCUCCCACAUUUUUCUCCAUGCUCACAGAAGCACAUACAGAGAUUUGGAGGGUUUUUGUCAUGGGCAGCGGGGAGGGGGGGCUUUACAAAAGUGAGAUCAUAUUAUCCACACUUUUCUGCAUCUUUCUCUUCUCAUUCAACAAUAAUCUCAUAAAAAUCUCUCUAAGUCAAUUGGUUUAGAUUUAACUCAGUCUUUCUAAUGGCUGAAUAAUAAUUCAUGGUGUUGGUGUGCCAUAAAUUAUUCAGCCCUGGGCUUUGUUUCUUGCUUUUUGUCACAACAAAUAAUGCUACAAUAGCUAUCCACGUACAUGUGUUUUUAUGGUGGUUUUAUCUCUGUAGGAUUGAUUCCCAGAUGUGGGCUUGCUGGGUCAAAAGGCAUAUGAAUUUUUAAUUUUAAUAAAUAUUAUCUGCAGUGGCAAUUGAUAGCUUCCUUACAGCCAGCACCUCACAGCUUGUGAGGUCUUAGUUCCCUGAGCAGGGAUCGAACCUGGGCCCUUGGCAGUGAGAGUGCAGAGUCCUAACCACUAGACCGCCAGGGAAUUCCCAGAGCCAACCUUUUUUUCCCUUUGCUCCCUAUAACUCUCCUCUUUCCCCACUUUCUGCUACAUCCUUUCUCUGUUUCAUUUUCUAUAAUUAAAAGGCUGACAUGUUCAUUUUAGGUCUAAUCUUAUAGGCUAAAAUGUCAUUUGUUUGUGCUAAUCUGUGAAAAUACAAUGAAUAUUAUAAAAUUGGGAAAAAAAUCAUCAUUGUUUUAAAAGGCUCUCUCAGGAAGAAAGAAGCCCUCUUCUACAGGGAACCAAGUGAUUAAUAAUGUGACCAGAGAUAUGUAACACAAUACCUAUUUUCCCUCUUUCUGUAUUUAAUCAAGAUACGUGUUCACAAACAUCCAGGCACUAUGGUAUGGCAACUGAAUAUUAGCAGUAGCAAAUUUUGUGACCCCCUGCCCAUGUUUCGUAGGUCGGUCAUUAUAUGGAGUACUGCUUUCCUGAGGCAUGAUCGGCCCCCAAGUCCUGCUCCCAGGACCAUGUAUUCACUUGACAAACAUUUACAGAGUUACUCCUAUCCGCUAAACACUGUACUAGACGGUGAACACAUAGCACUGAAUAAGAGGGACAAGAUCCCACUCUAGCUCCAGGGAAAGAUGUUAAACAACUAAUUACACAUGUGUUUGGAUAAUUUUUUUAUUGUGAUUAAUAUACAUGUAACAUGAAACUUAUUUAAGCCACUAUACUGUGUCUCUUAGUAAAGCAGCCUGUAACCAGGAGUGCACAGUUAACCAUUUCUGAGUAUACAGUUCAGCGGCAUUAAGCACAUCUACAUUGUUGUGAACCAUCGAUGACAUCCAUUUCCAUAACUCUUUUACCUUGCAGAACUGAAAAUCUAUACCCGUUAAACAGCUCCCCACUCCCUUCUCCCCCAGCCCCUGGCAACCACCGUUCCGUUUUCUGUUUCUAUGAGUUUGACUGCACUCAUGUAAGUGAAAUCACACAGUGUGUCUUUUUAUGACUGGCUUAUUUCACUGAUCAUAAUGUCCUCAGGGUUCAUCCAUGUUGUAGCAUGUGAUAGAAUUUCCUUCCUUUUUUUUUUUUUUUAAAGCAUCUUUAUUUAUUAUACGUUGAGAUCCAGAGUCAAGUAACUAUUCAGGUUUUUUUUGUUUUGUUUUGUUUUUGCGGUAAGCGGGCCUCUCACUGUUGUGGCCUCUCCCAUUGCGGAGCACAGGCUCCGGACACGCAGGCUCAGCGGCCAUGGCUCACGGGCCCAGCCGCUCCGCGGCACGUGGGAUCCUCCCGGACUGGGGCACAAACGCAUGUCCCCUGCAUCGGCAGGCGGACUCUCAACCACUGCGCCACCAGGGAAACCCCAGGUUUUUUUUUUAACGGUUGCUCCACACGGCAUGCAGGAUCUUAGUUCCCCGACCAGGGAUAGAACCCACGUCCCCUGCAGUGGAAGCACAGAGUCUCAACCACUGGACCGCCAGGGAAGUCUCAGAAUUUCCUUCCCUUUGAAGGCCAAACAAGAUCUUAUUGUAUGUGUAGAUACUUUGUUUAUUUAUUCACCAGUGGACCCUUGGGUUGCUUCCACCUUUUGGAUAGUAUUUUUAAACUUUUUUCCCGUUAUUUUAUUUUUUAUUUUUUUAAAGGGAUUUACACUCCCACACUAGACUUACAGAGCAGGUAAAGACUGGCAAAUUAUAUCUCCCACACAACUUUCACUACACAUUCCCAGAGAGUAAACAUAUGUUUGAACUACUAUUUUUAAAAUAUUAACCAAUGUUUUCUCUCUCUAGUGAUUUCCUUGCCUCUCCUUGCUUUCUCCCUUUGAAAUAGUGAGGUUGUGUGCAUUGCCCCAGAGGAGGUGUGGCAGGGCACAGAGUUUUCCAAGCAUCUCUCUGACUGCUGUUGUUCAACAGCCGAGGUGCCUAAGGAAAUAGAACCAGAGAGGACUCUGGGAAUCUGAGCAGACAGCUUCAGGGACAGAUGACACUAAAGACAAAAUGAUCACCCUCAACGCUUCUUGUCCUCCCCUUCCUCUCUCCAACUAUAGAACUUUAGUCCUUCAGAACUAGAGAAACUUUGGGGACCCCCAAGUUGACUGAAACUAUAUUUCUACCACUGUGGUUGAAUGGGAUCUUGAAGUAUAAAUUAAGUUAUAUUUCUUGCUCACCUGAGCUGUGGACUAUCUCUAUGCCUAUACAUAAUGAAUGAUUUAUUACAAUGGUAUCACAUGCUGUGAAAGAAGGACUGGGUUCUUUGAGAGCCUAUGACAGGGGCCUCAUCUGGAUGAGAGGAAGGGGAUGGCUGGAGAUCAAGUUAUUUUCUUGCAGUUUAGCUGAGAGCUCAAGGAUGAAUAGGAAGCCCUUAAUGUGAAAAAAUAAAUUAAAAAAAAUAAAAAGGAUGUGGGCCAAGUACUUCUUAUCUCCAAUGCUGCUAGAUUGCAUAUUCCCAUGUCCUCUUCCUGGAAGAAAAAAAAAAAUCCCCACCAUUGCUUUGUUACCAGGAAAAUUUGUCCAGCACAUCCCCUUGCAAUAGCCCUAGUUUCCCAAUUUUUGUUAGUAUUGUUGAGAUGCCCAAAGCUCCUUGUGGAUGUUAUCAUUUUCUAGGAAUUUUAAUUUGAGAAUUCUCUAGAUGUUUCAAGAUGCCAUCUUGGUCUUUGCAGCAUAUCUGUUAAACAUCUGAGCAUUCUUUAUACAACACAGACAUAUCAGCUGACAUAUUUUUUCCCUUGUGGCAUUCAUAUUCAAUCUUAACACUCUAUCCUUUAUCAUGUAAAGCCAUCAUGUUGAAAAGUAAAUAAAGAAAACAUAUUUUUCCCAUGUCAUUAAUUACUCCAUUUUUAAGCAGACACAAACACUUUUCCUCUUUGGCUUUGGAACAGCUACUAUGACUGCCAGCUGGGACUCCCGGGGGCUUUAAGAGCCUUAAUCACUAGAAUAAGCUUUGUUCUUUUUAAGGAAAAUAAGACUAAAUUAAAGGCACACUCAGACAUUUUCUUCCUGGUUAGAAUAGGCAAAAAAUUUGGUGAUUAAUUUCUCAUAUACCCACCAGUGACUUUUUUUUCAGUUACUAUAAUUUUAAUAAAUUUUUAUUAAAAUAUAAGCAAAUUAUAAUUUAUUUAGCCUAAAUCUGUUUUCUGAGCUUCAAACUCAUUUCCAGUUACCUACAACAUCUCCCCUUAACUAUCUCAUGAGUAUCUGAAGGGAAAAAUUUUCUAGACUUACAUUGCUUCUGAUGCCAAAUGUGUAAGUUCUUUUCCCCACACCAAACAAUUUUCCAAUUCUCUGUGGAUGCCAACUAGGUGUCCUACAACUCAUUUCAGUUCUGACACUCUACCUGGAGUUAGCAUCAGAUGCCACAAGUUAAGGGUUCGGUUCCACAAGGGCCCUCACUUCACACACCAGUCACAAGUCCCAGGUCGCUACCUGUUCUUCUGACCAACCAGCUAGAAGUUAGUGUUCUCAGGACCCCCUUCUGAGGUGCAUAACUCGGUAGAAUGGCUCACAGAACUCAGGGGAACAUUUUACUUACUAUUACUGGUUUUUUAUAAAGGAUACAACUGAGGAAGAACCAAGUGGAAGAGAUGCAUAAGGCGAAGUAAGGGGGGGAGGGGUGGAUGUGUGCCCUCUCUGGGUGUGCCACCCUCCCGGUGAAACUGUUACCAGAGGGAGACCCCUUCCAGGGCCUGAGAGUGGGCUCUUGUCUAACACUAGGAACUGAAUUGUCCGAGGAGACACACAUACUGACAAAGCAAAAGACUUUACUGGGAAGGGGCGCCUGGGCAGAGGGCAGCAGGGUAAGGGAACCCAGGAGAACUGCUCUGCCACGUGGCUCGCAGCCUCAGGUUUUAUGGUAAUGGAGUUGGCUUUCUGGGUCGUCUCUGGCCAGUCAUCUUGCUUGUUGCCUGUAUGUGGUCUGACUCAGGUCCCUCCUGGUGGUGCGUGCAUCUCUCAGCCAAGAUGGAUUCCCGUGUGUGGGUUUCUGGGAGGUUAGCAGGACAUAUUAUGGGCUGGCGUCUCCUCUCUCCUUUUGGCCCCUCCCGAAUUCUCCUUCCUAUUGUGAGACAACUCAUGCAAGCCGUUAUAGCGUGCCUGGCCAAGGCAGGCGGUUUCUUUCUUUUUUUUUUUUUUGAAUAUUUGAAUUUUAUUUAAUUUAUUUUUUUAUACAGCAGGUUCUUAUUAGUUAUGUAUUUUAUUCAUAUUAGUGUAUAUAUGUCAAUCCCAAUCUCCCAAUUCAUCCCACCACCACCAACCCCGCCACUUUCCCACCUUGGUGUCCAUACGUUUGUUCUCUACAUCUGUGUCUCUAUUUCAAGGCAGGUGGUUUCUGUCAACGGUUCCUUAACAGAACCACACCCCAGAUGGGACCCAAACCCAGUCGCACCUCAGAUGAGAUGCAAACCCACAGUCUUCCAGCUGAAACCGCACAAUUCAUCUCAGGACUUAAUGAAGCUCGGGUUCUUUAUAUCUCAGCGCAGAAAGAAUUCAGUGAGAGACAAAGCGAUAGGUAAGAAGUGGAUUUAUUUAGAGAGUUACACAUCCUAUAAGCAGAAUGUGGUCCAUAUCAGAAAGUGAGAGCAGCCCUGAGAGUUAGAUGCACACUCCACAGACAGAGUGUGGGCCAUCUCCGAAGGCAAAAGAGGCCCGGGAGUGCGUGGGUGGUCAGUUUUUACAGGCUGGCUAGUUUCACAGGCUAAGGAGUGGGAGGAUUAUUCUACUAUAAUAUUUUGCGGAAGGGGCGGGGCUAUCCCAGAAUUGGGCCAUCGCCCACUUUUUGGCCUUUUACGGUUGGCCUCGGAACUGUCAUGGCACCUGUGAGUGUGUUAUUCAGCAGAUGCUAAUGUGUUAUAAUGAGCGUACCAUGAGGCUUAAGGUCUACUGGAAGUCCAGUCUUCCUCCAUCUUGGGCCUGGUUGGUUCUAACCAGUUUAUGUUGUAUCAUCAACAGCUCUGUCAUUCUUUUAAUGGUUGUGCCCUGCCCCCUUCCCUCCUGUUUCAGCAGCACCUCCUUGUAUUCACCAACUCAGAAGCUCUCUAAACCCUGUUGUUUAGGGUUUUUAUUAAGGCUUCAUUACAUAGGCAUGAUUGAUUAAUUAAUUGGCCACUGGUGAUUAAGUCAAUCUCCAGCCCCACAGCCCUCCCCAGAGGCAGGGUGGGGAGCUGAAAGUUCCUACUCCCUGGUCACAGGGUUAGUUCUUCGGACAACCACUCCCAACCUCCAAGAGUCACUGCAUUAGCUUAAACGCAGGUGUAGCGGAAGGACUUAUUGUGAAUAACAAGGAAGUUACAAGGAUUUUAGAAGCUCUGUGCCAGGAACCAGGAGCUAAGAACAAAUGUAUGUUUCUUAUUAUGUCACAGCAUCUCAAGAUAAUCAUGUCCAAACCUGAAACCUUGAUCUUUUCCCGCAAAUUAAUAUUGUUGAUAUCCCGCAUGUGCCGUUUCCAGAUUCUGGAAGGCAUUUACACAGACCAUCUUCCCUUCCUGCCCAGAAUGCUUCUCCCCCAUCUUUCAGACUUCAGCUUAAACAUCACUUUGUCAAAAAAGAUCUUCCCUGAUGCUCUCUCAGUCUAAAUGCUAUUCUCUCAAGUUUCCUUCACUUCGUCAUCGCACUUAUUGCAGUUUUAAAUAAUGUGUUUGAUGAUUAUUUGGUAGGGUCUGACUCCCCUGCUGGUGUGUUAAGUGUGAAGAAACAGGAGACCCGACUCUUCCUGUGAGCCCCCAGCAGAGUGCCUGCUGCCCAGUGCUCAGUGUUUUUGGAUGAAUGAGUGAAUUGUCUAUAUCUGUAAGCUCCACAGAAAUUGCUCUCACGGAUGAUGAUAUAUUUUUCCCGACUGAAGGGUUCUGCAGUCAACUAAGUUUGAAGAAUAACUGAGUUAAACAAAGUUAAACAGGUCUCUGUACUGCAGGAUUUCUCAGAGCCUAUAAUUUGUCCAGGAGCACUGUGAAUACAGUACAGGAGAGGGGAAAUGAACUGUAGAAACUUUACAUCACAGAGUGCCUUUCGAGACAGACAUUCUAUAGCUCUUAGGGAAAAUUCUAGCAAACAGUAAUUAUUUAGCAUUUAACUUAAUAAAUACUCCUUUUAGAAAUAUAUCUGUGUAUAAAAUAUCUCCAUUCUGUGGUCACUAAGUCUUCUGUAAGCAUUAUUUCAUUUACUUUUUUUUCUUUUUUGAGACUUUAUUGUUUUAGAACAGUUUUAGGUUUAUAAAAAAAUUGAGAGGAAGAUACAGAGAUUUCCCAUAUACCCUGCAUGUGUAUACCCUCCCCAUUAUCAACAUCACUCACCAGAAUAGUGUAUUUUUUAACCAAAGAUGAACCUACAUUGACACAUCAUGAUCACCCAAAGUCCUUAGCUAACCUUAUUGUUCACUCUUGGUGUUGUACAUUUUAUGGGUUUGGUUAAAUGUAUAAUGACAUGUAUGCAUUUAAGGUUCCUCCAUUUCUUUGCAUGACUUGUUAGCUCAUUUCUUUUUAGUGCUCAAUAAUAUUCCAUUGUCUGGAAGUACUAUAGUUUAUUUACCCAUUUACCUAUUAAAGGACAUGUUGAUUGUUUCCAAGUUUUGGCAAUUAUGAAUAAAGCUUCUAUAAAUAUCCAUGUGCAGGUUUUUGUCUGGACAUAAGUUUUCAACUCCUUUGAGUAGAUACCAAGGAAUGCAAUUGCCAGAUUAUAUGGUAAAAGUAUGUUUAGUUUUGUAAGAAACUGUUAAGCUACUCCCAAAGUGGCUGUACCAUUUUACAUUCCCUCCAGCAAUGAAUGAGAGUUCCUGUUGCCCCACCUCCUCACCAGCAUUUGGUGUUGUCACUCUUCCAGACUUUGGCCAUUCAAGUAGGUGUUUAUAUUUCAUUUACUUUUCAGAACAUUCCUUGAUAGUAUGUAAUUUAUGGAACAUCAAACAGCUUAUAAGAGAUGGAGUCAGGAUUUAAAUCUGGUCACGUAGACUGCAAAGCCUAAGCUCUUAACUAUGCAACAACACAGACUCUCAAAAUAUCCUCCAGAAUCUUCCACGUUAUCUGCACACAUAGUCCCCUGACAUGGAGACGGUUACAGCUCCACAUGUAAUACAGCAGCAUGUCUUGCACAAAAGCUUUCUUGUAUUAUUAUUAUUCUCUUUUUUGUGCAUGUAGUAGUUUUCUAUUUCUGUAUAACAAAUUGCCACACAUUUAGCAGCUUAAAACAACCCUCAUUUAUGAGCUCACCGUUCUACAGAUCAAAACUCUGGACAGGCUUGAUUGGACUCUCUGCUCAGGGUCUUAUAUGGUGUAUAUCAAGGUGCUGGCCCACCUGUGUUCCUUUCUAGAGGCCAAAAAUUUCACUUCCAAGCUCAUUCAGGUUCUUGGCCAAAUUUAGUUCUUUGUGGUUGUAGGACUGAGGUCCCUCUUUCCUCUCAGGGGUUGCUCCCAUCUCCUAGAGGCCACCCACAUUCCUUGCUACAUGGUCCCUUCCAUCUUCAAUGAAGAACCUUCUUCACUCUGAAUUCCUCUCACACCUUAAGUCUCUGACUUCCCCGUCUCUGACCUCUAGACACUGACUUGAAGGGAUCAUGUAAUGAGGUCAGGCCGAUCUGGAUAAAAUCUCCCUAUUUUAAAGUCAACUGAGUUGGGAUGUUAAUUACAUCAUCAAAAUCUCUUCACAGCAGUACCUAGAUUAUUGUUUAAUUUACUAGACGGGAGAAGGUGUUUGCACACCAGGGACUGGUAUCUUGGAGACUGUCUUAGAUUUAUGCCUACCACAAUGCAUGCAUGCUUUCUUCACUGGAUCGUAAGCCAUCCAAAAGCAGGGACCAUAUUUUAUUCGCAUUGUAUCUUUAAUGUCAGUACUUAUCAUAGAGAAGGUGCUCACUGGACACUUCUUGAUGCUUAGUUAUCACCAUCAUGCACAGGAUCCUCCUUGUAAAUAUUUUGUCCUUAAGUUUUCAUUAAUUUAUUUUGCUAUAAGUGAUGCUUUUCAAAAUAAUGACUAGAAAAGUUAAGUUAUAAGAUCCAAAUUCAACUCUUUUCAGUAAUUACUCAGAACUUUGAUGUCAAUACUAUAGAAAAUGGGGAGGAGAGUUUCAAAACUUGAUGACUCUUUCAGAGCAAAGCUGUGAACCAAGAUCUAGAAAAUUCAGUAAUUUCUUCCCUUGGCUAUUUUAGAGUAAAAAUGUCAGAGAAGGGAUGUGCUAGUAACCUUGCAUGCUUGCAUUACAAAUUUCUUAAAUCCGUAAAUAUGUGCAAAUUAGAAAGAAGUGUGCGUUAUGUAGUUCCAUGAUAACUUUCUGUCCACAAAACCUGGUGUCUACAACUGAAUACUAUGACAUGCAAAUUGAUAGAUGCUGCUCUUAGGACUCUGUGGCUACAAAUAACAAGAACCAAUUCAAGCUGGCCUAAGCAAAAAGAUGGAACUUCAGAAGGUGGCAAACUCGCAAAGGCUGCUAGCUCCCUCUCCCAGUCCACCCCUGCCCUGAUAAACUGGAUUACAAUAAUGACAGAACAAUUCUGUAAAUUUAUUAAAAUUAAAAGAGCUUGGGGACUUCCCUGGUGGCUCAGUGGUUAAGAUCCUCCUGCCAGUGCAGGGGACAUGGGUUUGAUCCCUGGUCCGGGAAGAUCCCACAUGCCGCGAAGCAACUAAACCUGUGCGCCACAGCUACUGAAGCCCGUGCGCCUAGAGCCCAUGCUCUGCAACAAGAGAAGCCACCACAAUCUCGCCGCAACUAGAGAAAGCCCGCACGCAGCAAUGAAGACCCAACACAGCCAAUAAAUAAAUAAAUUUUAAAAUAAAUAAAUAAAAUAAAAUUUUAAAAAAAGAGCUUAACAUUUUAAUAGGAGGAGACAGAUAAUAAAUAAGUAAAUAUAUAGAAUUUUGAUGCUAAUAAAUGCUAUAGAGAAAAAGUGUAUGGACCUAGAGACCUACAAAGACAGUUGAGAGCUCUUCUCAUCUCCCUCUUCGGGAGAGAGAAAAAGUGCUUGUGAUCUGAUGCUGGAGGACACUCAGAAAGAAGGAGGGAUCUUCUCUUUCUUCUGAUGAUUGCAGUCUAGAACUAAAGCCAGGUGAUCCCCAGCGUGUUGGAGAAGGAAGCAGCAUUGGCUGGAGACCAACCAGAGGAAAGCGAGAAUGUGGUAUCAUACUUGUCUUAUGUGGGGGAAAGACAGAUUUUUUUGUGUGCAAGAAAGUGCUAGGGAAAAGUAAAUAUAAUUAAAGGUCUUAAUUCAGUUUAUCCAGUAGAAGUCUGGAAAGGAGAGAUGAAUCCAGAAAAUUAAAGUGUAGAAAAUAUAAGAUAAAAUGUCAAAAAAAAAAGCCAGAAAUAAAUGAAAAUGUUGAACUCACCAUUUAGAAGGUAGAGUCUUAAAAAAAUUAAUAAGAUCUAGUAACAUUUUAACCACACGAAGAGACACACUUAAAAAGGAUCUAGACAGAUAAAACAUAAAGAGAUGGGAAAAGAUUAAGGUAUGGGAACUGAAAGAUAACCAAGAUACCAAUUUUAAUAUUAGAAAAAAUAGGAUUCAAAGUUUAAACGUCAUAGACAAUAAAGGGGAUGUCACAUAUUGAAAAAAGGAACAAUAGAUCAUAGAUCAACAAUAACUCCAAAAUUUAUAAAGCAUCAAUGGACAGAAUCCCAGAGAGAAACAAAUAUAUCAACAAGUAUUUUUGGAGAUUUUAAACACAACACCUCCAGAAACUGAUAGAGCAUAUGGGGGGAGGGGUAAGAUUAUUUGAAAAACUUAUUUAACAAUUAUUUAUUGAGCGCCUGUUAUGUGCCAAGUGCUUUAGAUACUAGAGCUGUAGCAGUGAGCAAAACAGUCAAAACCCUAUCUUCCAAAUUUAUAAAGACAGAAGGAGAUCAGUGGUUGUCUGGGACUGGGAUGGAGGGGAAAUUAACUGUAAAGGGGCACAAGGAAACUUUCUGGGGUGAAGAAAAUGUUCUAGAUAUGAUGAUGAUUGAUCCGUAAAUUUACCAAAUUAAAAGAACUCACAUUUUAAAAAAAAUUUUAUUGAAAUAUAGUUGAUUUACAAUGUUGUGUUAGUUUCAGGUGUACAGUAAAGUGAUUCGGUUAUACACACACACACAUAUAUAUACACGUAUGUAUUCUUUUUUUUAGAUUCUUUUCCAUUAUAGGUUAUUACAAGGUAUUGAAUAUAGUUCUCUGUGCUAUACAGUAGGUCCUUGUGGUUUAUCUAUUUUAUAUAUAGUAGUAUGUAUGUUUCAAUCCCAAACUCCUAAUUUAUCCCUCUCCCCGUUUCCUUUUGGUAACCAUAAGUUUGUUUUCUAUGUCUGUGAGUCUAUUUCUGUUUUGUAAAUAAGUUCAUUUGUAUCAUAUUUUUAGGUUCCACAUGUAAGUGAUAUCAUAUAUUUGUCUUUCUCUGACUUACUUCACUUAGUAUGAUAAUCUCUAGGUCCAUCCAUGUUGCUGCAAAUGGCAUUAAAAAGGACUCACAUUUUAAUGUGGGGAAAUAGACGAUAAGUAAUAAAGAAGGAAAAUAUAUGCUACAUUUGACGGUAAUAAGUGCUGCAGAGAAAAAUAAAGCAGGGAAGGGGAAUGGAGAGGGAGGAAGAAUUGCAAGUUUGAAUAGAGUGGGCAAGGAAGACCGCUGAGAAGGUGACAUUUAAAUGACAAUUGGAAGGAGGGGAGAGAGCUUUGUGGAGCUCUGGGCGGGGGUGGGGGGGCGGGGGGGGGGGGCGGUGAUGUUCUAAGCAGAAAAAUAAGAAAACAGACAAUCAAAAACCAAAAUACUAAAAACACAUGAGCUUAAGAAGUCAGAAAAUAAGCAACAGGUCACACCCAAAGAAACCAGAAGAAAGAAAUCAAUAAAAAUAAAAGCAGAGAACAUCAGCUUUUAGAAAACUAAAAGCUGUUUUUUUUUUUUUAACUGAUCAAGAAAACAGUAGAGGGCUUCCCUGGUGGCGCAGUGGUUGAGAGUCCGCCUGCCGAUGCAGGGGACAUGGGUUUGUGCCCUGGUCUGGGAAGAUCCCACAUGCUGCGGAGCGGCUGGGCCCGUGAGCCAUGGCUGCUAAGCCUGCACAUCCGGAGCCUGUGCUCCGCAACGGGAGAGGCCACAACAGUGAGAGGCCCGCGUACCACAAAAAAAAAAAAAAAAAGAAAAAGAAAACAGUAGACAAGAA